AUACUCUAUUGCAAUAAGUUUAUACUAUUAUUGAACAUUUUUGUGGGGUAAUGCAUACAAUUAUUGGGAUCUUAAAAAUAUACAAUACAGAAUAUUCAUGGCAUGGCUGCUAAAAAUAUUAGUGCAGCACCACUUGUCACUUUUGAAAGACCAGUGUUUCAGAUGUUUAUGGGUGAAACAAUUUUAUCUCAAGCCAGUGUGGUUCGAUAUUAUGAUACAUCAAAUCGUUUAAAUAGUUUAACUGGGACUUUGUAUAUAACAAACUUUAAGUUAGCAUUUAUCUGUUCAGUCAAAAGUGUUUCUAAACAGACAUCUGGAUUUAGUGAAAAAUAUUUAGAAGAACCAAUUGAUCAUAAUGAUUUAAUACCACUAACUGUCAUCAGUAAUAUUUAUGGUAUUUCUAAUAUGAAACAAAAGCGUAAAAAACUAAAGAAUGCUAUGAGAGAACUUUCAAGUCAGUGUGAUAUACUUGAAAUAGAAACGAAAGACUUUAGAAUUGUUCAGUAUGAUUUUAAAUCUUCAGGAAGUCAGAAUAAGCGUUCUUGUUUUCAAAUGAUAUCCCAUUAUGCUUUUCCAACAACAGUUUUUCGUUUAUUUGCAUUUGAUUAUGGUAACAGUUAUGUUACAAGUAAUAGUAGUGCAUUUUGUUUUUUUAAAACUAAAAAAGAUUAUGAGCUCAAUAUUAGCCGAUUGCAUGCAUCACAAAACUGGCGUGUAACUGAUAUCAAUGAAAAGUUUGCUCUUGAUGAAUCGCUGCCAAAGUUUAUUGUUUGCCCUGCUUCUCUAGAAGAUAAUGACAUUGAACAAAUUGCUAAAAGCUAUGUUAAAAAAAGAUUUCCAGUAUGGAUUUGGAGCAAUCCUAGUUCAGGUUGCUCUCUUUUGAUCUCAUCUCAUCUGAGAAAUUCCUCGAGUAAAGAUCCCACGUCUCGUCAAACAAUUCCGUCAAAGCUUUUGAAUUCUUUGAAGUCUUCUUCUACCGUUGGUAAUGGAGAGAGUUUUCCAAUUGAUUUAAAUAAUAUUGCUGAUUUUCCUUCUUUAAAACAGUUACAAAUAAGUUAUCAGAAAAUUCACAAGUACUGUACCAUUCAUUCAAGUAAAGAAUUUUGGAGUUCCGAUUCCAGUUGGUUGACUAACAUUGAAGAGACAGGGUGGCUCCAUUAUGUUUCUUCUUGUUUAGAAAUAGCAAAAUUAUUAGCAAAAAAAAUUCAAAAAGAACAUUUCAAUGUUUUAAUAGAAGAAAAUACUGGGCACGACUUUUCAAUACUUGUCGCAUCAUUAGUCCAAAUUAUGCUAGAUCCGUAUUAUCGCACUCAUUUAGGUUUAAAAGCUCUUAUACAGAAAGACUGGGUUCUAAAAGGUCAUCCUUUUUCUUCAAGAUUUGGUACAUUAUCUUUUCAUUCAAUUAAUAAAACUGAUUUUAAUGGUCAGAGUCCUGUUUUUCUGUUAUUUUUUGAUUGUUUACAUCAACUCAUAAACCAGUAUCCAGUAUAUUUUGAAUACACAGAUCUGUAUUUGGUCCUUGUAAUGGAUUGUGCUUAUUCAUCUUUGUUUGAAACAUUUAUAUUUAAUUCAGAAAUGGAAAGUGAAAAGCACUCGAAAGGCGUAAUAUUGGUGUCAGUAUGGGACUUUCUUGAAAGCAAUAUAUCUGAAGCUAAAUUUCAAUCACUUUUUACUAAUCUUGCAUUCAAGUUUAAUAAAUCAUGCAGCAAAGAGUAUAUUUAUCCUUCAUGUAAAGUCAGUGAUAUUAUAUUUUGGUCUAAAUAUUUUUUAAGAUGGUUAUCUAUCAUCAAUAAAGAUUUAGUAUGUUUCUCCGGUAUUAUAUUGCAAUUACAGCAAAAUCAGUUCAAUGAAGAAAUUGAAUAUUUAACGCAUCGCCUUAUGCAACUGCAGUUGCAAUUUAGUAUAAAGAAUUCAGUAAGUAAUCAAUCCUUAAGUUCAAUCAAUCAAUCAAAAAAAAAAAAGAUAAAUGAAGCUCAAUCAAAUAACAUUAAAAAAGAUUUAAUCAACGCUACUUUUGGUUUUCAUCUAUUGAAAUUAAUUUAGUUUUAAUAUUACAUAAUUUGUUAUAAA